GCCAAGUAAAGGCUAAAGAGUAACCGAUGUCAAAAAGACGAAUGGGUGGAACACAUUUAUAAGACUUAACAAUUCAGGCUGCCUACCAACCCCCCAGCUUUUUCCAACCGCCGUAAAAGGAGAUACGGAAGGAAUUUCUCCCUUUCCUUCUCCAAUGGCAGAGAAACUUGAUGGAAACCCAUCAAACCAGACCCAAAGAAAACCAGCAAUCCCUGCAUAUGUAAAAGCCAUAUCGGGUUCACUCGGCGGAAUUGUCGAGGCAUCUUGUCUCCAACCCAUCGAUGUCAUCAAGACCCGUUUACAACUGGAUCGGGUCGGUUACUACAAGGGUAUUCUUCAUUGCGGCAGCACCACUGUCACAAACGAAGGCGUCCGUGCUCUCUGGAAGGGUUUGACACCCUUUGCCACCCACUUGACAUUGAAGUAUGCCCUACGGAUGUUCUCCAAUGCCGUGUUACAAUCGGUAUUUAAGGAUUCCAACACCGGAAAGAUUAGCGAUGGUGGGAGGUUCCUUUCUGGGUUUGGUGCUGGUGUCAUUGAAGCUCUUGUGAUUGUUACCCCAUUUGAGGUUGUAAAAAUAAGAUUACAACAACAAAAGGGACUAAGUCAAGAGCUUCUAAAAUACAAAGGUCCAAUCCAUUGCGGGCGGUUAAUCAUCCGUGAGGAAGGCAUACGCGGUCUCUGGGCCGGCGCUUCCCCAACCGUAAUGCGAAAUGGCACGAACCAAGCAGUCAUGUUCACCGCCAAGAACACAUUCGACGGGUUGUUAUGGAGGAAACACGAAGGCGAUGGAAAAGUCUUGCAACCCUGGCAAUCGAUGAUAUCUGGGUUCCUAGCUGGCACUGCGGGCCCCGUUUGCACUGGGCCUUUUGAUGUUGUGAAAACAAGGCUAAUGGCACAGAGUAAAUUGGGAGGUGAAGGGAAGUAUUAUAAGGGGAUGUUUGAUGCAAUUAAAAAGAUUUAUGGUGAGGAAGGGUUGUUUGCGUUGUGGAAGGGUUUGGUUCCACGGUUGAUGAGGAUACCACCCGGUCAGGCGAUUAUGUGGGGGGUGGCUGACCAGGUGAUGGGGUUUUAUGAGAAGAAAUAUGUUCAUGAAAUACCGUUACCCGCAUGAUUUUUUUUUUUUGUAAUGUUUUGGUAUUGGUUUUGUAACUUGGGAGGUUUUGUUUUGGUUUUGUAGACCAACAUUGGUUUUAAGAUGGAGCUAAUUGCUAGAAAUAAUAAUGUACUUUGAUUUUUCUAGUUAAGGCGUUGUACUUUUAAUUUUUUUUCUUAUUAGGACACUGUACUUUGAGAAAUCUAGUCGGUUGUAGCAUCGAUAUAUGCACUCUAUGUUGUUGGCUGAAUAAAAAAAAAAGUUGACAG